GUGAUGGCUGUUCGGGUACGGGGAUUCUAUUACAUUGCGCCACCUCGAGUGCUUUCGCCGACCACACACACCAAAACAGGGGUUUAGGGUUGGCCGACUCCCCCGAAAAGGGAGACCGCAGAGUGUGGGUUCGUCCGCGCCCGCGGUUCACCUAUAAAAGGCAAUCGUAGGAUCGUUCUAGGGUGCAGUUUCGGUUCGGUCCGUUCCAUCAUUCCAUCAUAAGAUUUGUCGUUAGCUGGCCCCCCGCUGGUUUGAUCUCUCGUUUGCGGUGAGGCAGCUGCGCUACGUCGCUUGACGGUCGCUUUGGUUCGGUUUAGGUCAAUCCGUUCGUGCAUUUUGUUUUUGGUCUGCCGUUCGUUUGCCAUGAUGCUAAAGCUUACUGUGGCUGUACUGCUGACGGUGGUGAGUGUGAUCGAGGCCCAGAAGCAUCAUCAACAGCAACACCACCAACAGCAGCAGCAGCAGCAUCACCAACAACCACAACAGCUGCAGCAGCAACCGACAACCGAUCCACGGUACAAGCAAAUCCCGAUCGUCAACGUUGAGAACGUGCUGGAAGUGGACGGCAAGUUCCGCUACAGCUACGAGGGUGGUGAUGGUACACGGGCCGCCCAGGAUGGACAGCAGAUCGUGGUGAACAACCAAGUUGGCACUGCCUCGCAGGGCCAGUACACGUACCAGGGAGACGACGGAAAGACCUACUCGGUGACGUACAUUGCGGACGAAAAUGGAUACCGGCCGGUUGGUGAUCAUCUCCCAACCCCACCGCCAGUCCCAGCCGCGAUUGCCCGGGCACUCGCCCAUCUCGCCACGCUACCACCGAAGAUCGAGAACGGCCGGAAGUUCUAAGUCUUCGCCAGGGACCUGGAACCGAACUGUGCAUUUGAAGCAAAAUAAAACCAUUCCCAUCCCGUUCGAUAGUUGAUU